GCUCGCCGCCCCGCCGCUGCCAAGGGGCGGGCAGCCCGGGCUGCCCCGGCCCCGUGCGGCCGCAGUCGGCGGAGCACCGGAGGCGCAGAGCGGUACCGGAGAGCUGCAGUGCCGGCGAGGAGGAGGCCGAGCCAUGGCAUCGCUGCCGUGCAACGCCCGCAUCCAGCUGACGGACACGCUGGAGCAGAUGCAGCAAGGGGCGUUGAUGCGCAAGGUGAAGUCCAAGGGCUGGAAGAAGCAGCGCUACUUCAAGCUGCAGGACGACUGCAUGACCAUCUGGUACCAGUCCAAGAGGACGGGCAAAACCGAGUCCGCCUUCUCCAUCAGCGACGUGGAGACGGUGCGGGAAGGGCACCAGUCGGAGGUGCUGCAGAGCCUGGCCGAGGAGUUCCCCGCCGAGCGCUGCUUCACCAUCGUCUUCUACGGCCGCCGGGGCAACCUGGACCUCAUCGCCGGCUCGGCGGAGGAGGCGCAGUGCUGGGUGCAGGGCCUGCGCCAGCUGAUCGAGGUGGCCACCAGCAUGGACCAGAGGGAGAGGAUAGACCAGUGGAUCCGGGACUGGUUCCAGAAGGCCGACAAGAACAAGGACGGGCGCAUGAACUUCAAGGAGGUGCAGCGCCUGCUCAAGAUGAUGAACGUGGACAUGAACGAGGACCAUGCCCUGCGGCUCUUCCAGGCUGCCGACAAGUCGGAGUCGGGGACGCUGGAAGGGGAAGAGUUCGUGCUCUUCUACAAAGCCCUGACGGAGCGCGAGGAGGUGCUGAGCCUCUUCCAGGCUUUCUCGGAGGACGGGAAGAAGCUGACGCUGCUGGAGCUGGUGGAUUUCCUGCGGCAGGAGCAGCUGGAGGACGAGGGCACGGAGGAGCUCGCCAUGGAGCUCAUCGACAAGUACGAGCCGUCGGAGACGGCCAGGGCUCGCCACGCGCUGAGUGCCGACGGGUUCCUCAUGUACCUCUGCUCCCCGGAGGGCUCCAUCUUCAACCCCCGGCACCGGGGGCUGUGGCAGGACAUGACGCAGCCGCUCUGCCACUACUUCAUCUCCUCCUCUCACAACACCUACCUGAUCGAGGACCAGAUCCGGGGCCAGAGCAGCAUCGAGGGCUACAUCAGGGCUCUGAAACGGGGCUGCCGCUGCCUGGAGGUGGACUGCUGGGACGGGCCCAACGGGGAGCCCAUGGUGUACCACGGCCACACCUUCACCUCCAAGAUCCCCUUCAGGGAGGUGGUGAGCACCCUGGGCAAGUACGCCUUCCAGACCUCCCCGUACCCGGUGAUCCUGUCCCUGGAGAACCACUGCAGCAUGGAGCAGCAGGAGGUGCUGGCCCAGCAGCUCCGGGACAUCCUGGGGGAGCAGCUCCUCACCGCCACCAUCGACGGGCGCGUCCCCACCCAGCUGCCGUCCCCGGAGGAGCUGAAGCACAAGAUCCUGCUGAAGGGGAAGAAGAUCGGGCGGCUGGAGGACGUGCUGGAUGGGCCGGGGGACGAGGCACCUGACGUGUCCGAUGAUGACAACGGGGCGGAGGCAGAGGAGGAGAGGAGGAGGAUGAAGAAGGACAAGGAGAGCCUGGCCCAGGCGUUGUCCGACUGCGUCGUCUACUGCAAGAGCGUGUCCUUCAGGGGCUUCCAGGAGGCACGCAGCCAUUCCCGGCCCUCCGAGAUCUCCUCCCUCGCCGAGGCCAAGGCCAGGAAGCUCAUCCGGGAUGCGGGGAACGACUUUGUCCGGCACAACGCCUGGCAGCUGACCCGCAUCUACCCCAGCGGGAUGCGCACCGACUCCUCCAACUACAGCCCGCAGGAGAUGUGGAACGCAGGGUGCCAGAUCGUGGCCCUAAAUUUCCAGACGGCCGGCACGGAGAUGGACCUGUGCGAUGGGCUCUUCAGCCAGAACGGCCGCUGUGGCUACGUGCUCAAACCGCCCUUCAUGAGGGACGAGGGGACCCUCUUCAACCCCACUGAGCCCGGCACCCGCGAGGGCCCCGGCCCCGUUACGCUGACGAUCCAGGUGAUCAGCGGGCAGCAGCUGCCCAAAGUGGCCAACAGCAAGGACGGGGCCAUCAUCGACCCGCUGGUGCGCGUGGAGAUCCAUGGGGUGCCCGCGGACCAGGCGCACCAGGAGACCAAGUACAUCGAGAACAACGGGUUUAAUCCCCGCUGGGACGAGACCCUCCAGUUCCAGCUCCACGUGCCCGAGCUGGCCCUCGUCCGCUUCGUGGUGGAGGAUUACGACAAGACGUCCAGGAACGACUUCGUGGGGCAGUUCACCCUGGCCUUCGCCAACAUCAAACCCGGCUACCGCCACAUCCACCUCCUCUCCAAGGACGGCACCAGCAUCCCGCCCUCCUCGCUCUUCGUUCACAUCCGCAUCACCGAGCCGCCCGGCCCCGAGCAGGACUGACCCACGGGGCCUAUGGGAUCGGGAUAGAAGCCAUAGGGCCGGCCCGGUUCUGGCCCCAUAGAGCUGGGGCCAUGGGGCUGAGCACACCACCCCCUCGUCGCUCCGUUUGUGUCGUCCCUGUGUCGUCGUCGCUGCUGUGCCCGUGUUUGCAGUGGCCUCUGGGGGCUGGGGACAGGCACUGGUGUCUCCAGUGGUGGUUUGGGAUCUCUCCCACCUGGCAGGGCUCAGCCACGGGGAGGAGGAGAGCUGGGGCACGGCGCCCAGGCUCUGCCGGGGGCUGGUCCCCCUCCCCACCCAGGGGAAGCGAGGCUGGAGCCAAGCAAACCCCGGGGCUGGGCAGAGCUGGGAGAGGAGCCGCUGCUCACUGCCCCCAUCCUGCAGCGCCCUCAGAGCCCCCGGCCCCCACAGCCCCAGGGAUGCUCCUGGCCAGCACCACGUUAUUAACCCUGGCCGUGUCCUCUCGAUGUCAGCACCCUAAUAAAGUGUUCAGUGGCAGGCA